AUGUGCUACUAUGGAGGAUACUAUGGAGGCCUGGGCUAUGGCUAUGGAGGCCUAGGCUGUGGCUAUGGUUGUGGCUAUGGUGGCUAUGGCUAUGGCUGCUGCCGCCCACUGUGCUGUAGAAGAUACUGGUCCUGUGGCUUCUACUGA